GGAGCGGUGAGAGCGGAAUUUGUGCACUUACCGACUCCACGGUAUUUUGGAUUUAUACACUCAGAUAUGGCUCACAGAGACAUCCCACUCCAGCGUGGGUGGAGGCGGAGGAAGUCUUAGCAUAACUGAUGACGUGUGCCGAUUUUUACGGGCAACAUACAGGCUUUUAAUGAUUUACCGGUCACGACACAAGUUUUAUGCGCAGUUUUGACUUCCAUACGAAGAUCCUUGCCGAACAUUAUGGCCAUUCGAUGGUGCGGCGAUUAUUUUUCUCCUCUGCUGAAAUCAUUCACCGGCGUGAUACUAGAUUUUAUUUUGGGACUUGAAGACUUUCCCCCAGAACUCUCGCGAUGGGAUUUUUAUGACUUCGUGGACUCUGGCAGUGGACCUCAGACUGUCUAUCAGUGUAACUUGACUUGCCUCAUUUGCAACGACAGUGACGUCUCGGAGGCACAAUGCAACCCCAUAGCUCCGCACCUGACUUCGCCAGUUGCUCAGAACAAACCGUGGAACACACCGCUGUUGGUUCAGAGACAAAGGCAGUUGCGCUAAGGGCUUCCGGUAGCGUGAUGUCAGUUUCUGCUAUGCCCAGAGGGCUUGGCAUCCUCAGGGUUUAUUCAAGGCACUAAGACCAACAGUAGCAAAACUGACGGCAGCCUAAUUUUACUAGAGCAUUAGUUGUGCUCGACUUUCUUUUAUGAUUGUGCAACCACAUUUUUGGAGCGUUUCUGUACUAUUUCUAGACAUGUGCGCAGCUGUCCCACCUAGUCCCGACGGUUCAUAUAU